GUCAAAGUUCCCUGGCACACAAUAUCAGCCACUGGGGGCACAAUCACCAGUCCCUCAGGGGACUCAGUUGAGAGGCUAAUACUCCGUAUAAGGGCAAGCAAUGCAGCUAGCAAUCAAUGCGAGCCGACCAAUCCACAUGAAAGCCACUGGGCCCAAAACGGCAAUAUGUCGUGUUUUCUGAAGCCGCGGAGCUGUUUUGAGGGCAAGUCGUUGCCGAACCCGAGGGGAGUGAGGCGGAGCCCCCAGGGCUUGGCAGGAGGAGAAUCCCGUGACGUCUGGAAGUGGGCUGUAAAGGGCGGAGACUAAACCCGAAGUAGUCUAGGGUCAGCAUGGGGCUGAAUUGACUCCGCCUCCCCGAACUUCUUUUGCGAGAUUUAUGUAUACUAUUAUUGCUUCUGAUGUUGAUAUCUGCGCAAUAUCGAUACAUAUUAUUUGUUGUGAUUUAUGCCACGGAUGCUUCCAAUAAUGCAACUGUCCCAAGCCACACUAGAGCAGAACUUAUCCACAUGAUCAACAAGGCCCAUUCUGUAGGCUACUGGGGCAAAAGAGCUCAAUCACCACCAGCGCACUGCUGGUAGAAGGGCCGAUCAACCCGGGACCCCCAACACCCCCCCUCGGACCAGCUACCACAGAGCACUACUCCUCUCAAGGACUCCUCUCAGUGGCUUCUCUCAGCGGCCUUUUUUUCUGGACUCACUUCUAGGGCUCACUCCAAGGGCACACUCCUAGGGUGUCUCUUGGCACUGUUAAUGUCCGGGAUAUUGUUGGGAUUUUUAUUCUUAAGUCCAUCCUGGGAUUGAACCCAUGCAUGUUGACCACAGCGGGGCUCACGCUAACCGGGCUCAUAACCUGUAGGCUACUGGGGCAAAAGAGCUCCAUCACCACCAGCGCACUGCUGGUAGAAGGGCCGAUCAAC